AUGCCAGGCACAGGGAAAAAUUCUUUACACACAGGAUUGCCUUUGCUUUCAUUCAAUCCCCGCAACAUGUGUGCAAACCUCCCACCUGGCAUCCUGCAUGUGUCCAGGAACUCCCUGCACCGCACUAAUCACGCAGGUGGGCUUGGCAUCCUCACAGCCUCUGCAGCACAUGCCUUCAGCAGGAAGAGACCUGGGGACUUGGGAGACUCAAGGCAUCUCCAGAGUCACAGCCUGAAGACGGAACCCCAUGCUCUCCUGGACAUAAAAGCCACACAGUCCCUGGUAGACAGGAUCUGCUCCAAGCAUUUUCCAAAGCCCCAGGGGCUGCUUACAAGACUCUGCCCAUCACCCCCAACCUGGCUGAGCUGGGACCACGUCGGCGCCUGGCCUGACUCUUCUACCAGGAUGCCCUCCAAGACCAACACUGAUGCCUGAGCCCUCACCGGGGAGACUGGGGGUGCCCCUACGCGGCUGCUGCACCUGAUGUUGGAAACGGAGGCUCCAAAAAUGAUCCCGGGGCCUGCCCCUCCUGGCUUCCUCUUGAGGAAGGCCUCAGAAGACCCACCUUUGGUCGCAGGACAGAAGCUGGGCCGAGAGGCAAGGGUUUUGGCCUCCACAGGGGAAACUCUGGGCUCAGAGCUGCCGAAGUGA